UAACAUUUCUCCAAAAACCACCACCGUUUACCCUCCAUGAUAAAAAACAAAACAAGUAACAUAACUCUAUACUUUGCCCAAAAAAAAAAAAAAGUAACAUAACUCUAUACAUCUCAUGGAUCACUAAACCAUCAAAACAGUUUUUUUAAAAAAGAUGGAGAAAUUCUCAUACAACUCGUAUCCAGAUUCAGCCGAAUCAUCCCCUCGUUCCCGCGACGUCGAUUUCGACAACCCUCCCCCAUGGGAAGACCAACAACCACAACAAACCUACAAAGUCAAGUUCAUGUGCAGCUACGGCGGAAAGAUCCAGCCGCGUCCACACGAUAACCAGCUCACUUACGUCAACGGAGACACCAAAAUCUUAUCCGUAGAUCGCGGCAUCAGGUUCCCCGCGCUAGCUUCGAAGCUCGCCGACAUCAUCGGCGGAGGAGAGAUCUCGUUCAAGUACCAGCUUCCUGGUGAAGAUCUCGACGCGUUGAUCUCUGUGACUAACGAAGACGAUCUCGAGCAUAUGAUGCAUGAGUACGAUCGGCUUCUCCGUAUGUCCUCGAAGCCAGCGAGGAUGCGUCUGUUUCUAUUUCCGUGUUCUUCUCCCGUCUCCGGAGGGUUUGGAUCCGAAGGCUCGACGAAAUCGGAUCGGGAGAUGGUGAAUCCGAUCCUGAACCGGCCGGAUUCGGAGAAAUCCGUAACCGCUCCGGUUAUUAGUAACGCUGAUUUUUUGUUUGGAUCGGAAAAAGUUGUUGUUGCAGCUCCACCAGCUCCAGUGACUCAACAGAUUAUUCAGGAUCCACAGAUGUUUGUUAAUCAACAGGAGCAGGUAGAGAUUCAGAGACAGAUCCAUGAGUUUCAGAGAAUUCAAAUUAGAGAUCAAGAACAACAUCAGCAACAGCAACAGAUGCAACAUCAGCUACUACAGCAACAACAGCAACAGCAGCAGCAGCAGCAAGAGGCUAUGUAUAGAAGAAAAAGCGAAGACGGAGGAGGAAGAUACUUGUACGCUCAAAAUCCUCCUCCGCCUCCGCCAACGACGGUAUCUCAGGGGAAUCCACAACCUCCGGUUGGAUACUGGCAAGGAAACAACAGCAACAACGUGUACACAACUACGUCGUCGCCGGAGCAGCAAGUAUACAUGAUUCCAGCUCAGUCUCAAGCUCAAGGUCCAGGGACGGUAUACCAUAGCGUAAUGAGACCACCACCACCGACACAAGGGAACCAAGGCUAUUACCCACCUGUUCAACGAGUCCAGCAGCAGCAGCAGCAGCAGCAUCCUGAUCCCUACAUGGAGCAGCAGAACUACAACGUGGUUCAACAACAGCCAACGUAUUCAGGUGGUCCACAGGUUAUGAGUAGUGCUCCAAUGGGUUUACAUGAGACGGCGGCGUAUUCACAGAUGGGGAAUCCUGUGUACUAUACAGUGGCUGGGGAUGGUAUGAUGAUUCCACCGCAACCUCAUCAGGCUCAGUACCAGGGAAUGGGUCAACCGGUUAGUGGCAUGACCGGACCGGAUGGGAAAGUGGUGGUUAACACGGCGCCUAAAGUGUCUCAAAGUUCAGAUUCGGUGUGAGUGUGAGAUGAAGGUGAUGUUGAUGUGAAUGUCAUGAUCAUAUUGUUAUCAUUAUUAUCCAUUUACAAUUUUACUUUUAUAGUAUAUGUAUAAGCGUUUGAGAUCAAAGUGGAAUCUGAAUGUGCUUGCUUUUGAGUUAGCUCUCCUUUUAGAGCUCUGUUUUAGUAGUUUUUAAUAAAUAUGACUCUGGACCUUUUUGGUCUUAUCGUCUCUUGUGCAUCCAUUGAGUGAGUGUUAAGAUUCUAGCUUUUGUGCCUUAGUUCUCUUUGUAUAACUACUGUUGAUUUACUUUAUUGGUUAAGACUAUAUAUCGAUGUUCAUGCC